AUGCAACGAGGUAUCCACAUAUAUCUAUGGUUUAAUUGCGCUCUAAAUUAUACCAAAAUGUUUCGUUUACUCAUUCUCAAAUCGCUUACUACUCAGAAAAGACCAUGUUGUUCUAAUUCUUGUUUACGUUCUCUGCAUCAUACAAUUCGUGGCGUAUCUAAAUCAAAAGCUUUGAAUAUCGUUAGUCAAACAUUAUCAAAAUAUGUAUGGCAGUCUAUCGAUGAAUUACCCGACGACGAGAAAUAUCGUGCUGUACAGAUUGAAAUUGAUGUAUUACGAGAUGCCGGUUAUCUUGUUCCAAACGUGAUUACACGACAUUAUUGUUUAAAACUAUAUGAUAAACCGUUGGAUAUUAGAAAGGACUCGUAUGAAUUUUUACAUGACCGUGAACAAAAACGUUUGAAACAUGCCUCAAUUCAAGCGCAAAAAGCGGCACGUCGUCAAGGAAUGAUGAAAUAUCGUGAAAGUUUGCUGAUUCAAGGUAUUCGAGCUAUUACAAAUUAUCCCGGUCAUCAUACCAUUUUUCGUCAUGUCACUCAGAAACACUUUAAAAUAAAUGAUUUAACAAGAUUAGCCAUGUCUGCACGAUUACAAGAUUAUGUAUUUAUCGAUUGUUCAUUUGAAAAAUUACAUGUUCGACAAAGUUAUCACUAUGAUUUGUUGAAGAAAGUUUAUCAAUGUUUCAAUAAUAUUAGUAGAUAUCAUUCACCAUCUUUCGUUUAUUUAUGUAAUGUUCAAUUCGAUUUAAAAAGGUUUCAUUCUCAAACUCUAAUUGAAUUUAAUCCUAUGGAUAAUUUAUCCUUCGAAGUAACGUCUAAAUCAUAUCUGGAUUAUUUUCCAAAAGAAAAAUUUAUUUAUUUAACACCCGAUGCCAAUAAUGAUAUGGUAGAAUAUGAUCAUGAUGCUAUUUAUAUUAUUGGUGGAAUAUUUGACAAAUCUGGAAAAGAUACAUUAGAAAAAGCUCAACGUGAACAAAUUCGAACGACUCGUUUUCCAUUAGACAGAUAUUUAAAAUUUCAUCCAACAUGUUAUAAAGAUUUAACAUUAGAUCAAGUGUACAACAUUUUGAUGACAUUAAAACAUACAAAAAAUAAUUGGUAUAAAGCACUGAAAUGGGUACCAGAUAGAAAACUUAGUGCAAGAUAUAAAUGGAAUGAAACAGACAAAGAUUAUCAAUAUGUCGAUCUUCAAUUGAAAGAAGAAAUUGAUGAAGCACAAUCGAAACAGUGUCAAACGGUGCUUUGA